GACCCGGGCAAUGAAGAAAACCCCGUUUGUCCUGGAGACGGAUGAUGGCCUUGGAGGAGAUGGGAAUGUGGCUGCAGAGGGGGCAGCUGGGACGGAGCAUGGCAUGCGACCCUUGGACACCCCCUUCCAAAGGGAAAGCCCUCGCCCCCCCCAGAUUGCGGUGAACCUGAAUUAUCGACCAGGAGUCAUAGGGCCCGAUGACCCAAACUAUUUUGACAGGAACCGGCUUUUUGAUGCUGUGGUAGAGGGGAAACCUGAAUUGCUCAAUGGCUUACAGGAUUAUUUGCGGAGAACAUCCAGCUUUCUCACUGACUCCAAAUAUCGAGAUGGGAAGACGGGCAAGACCUGUUUGAUGAAGGCCUUGCUCCAUUUGAAAGAUGGGAAGAACCCCACCAUCCCUUUGCUCUUGAAGAUAGAUGAGGAGACUGAGAACCCUAAGCCUCUGAUCAACACUGCUUGCUGUGACGACUGCUAUAGAGGCCACACAGCCCUCCACAUUGCCAUCGAGAAGAGGAAUCUGGAUCUUGUGGAACUCCUGGUGGAGAACGGGGCUGAUGUCCACGCCAAGGCUUCUGGGUACUUCUUCCAGAAGCAGAACAAAGGGAUGUGCUUUUAUUUCGGUGAGCUUCCUCUCUCCUUGGCUGCCUGUACCAACCAGCCUGAAGUGGUCAUGUACCUCCUGGAUAACCCUCACCAGAAGGCUAGACUGACCGAACAGGAUUCCAUGGGAAACACUGUCUUCCAUGCGCUGGUGAUGGUGGCCGAUGAUACGGAGAAGAACACGGAGUUUGUGGUCAAUAUGUACGACAUGAUCCUUAUGAAAGGGGCCGAGAUCAACCCUUCGUGGAAGUUGGAAGAGAUCGUCAACCGAUACCAUCUAACCCCUCUGAAACUGGCUGUUAAGACUGGGAAAGUCGAGAUCCUCAAGCACAUUCUUCACCGGGAGAUCAAGGACCCCAAGUUCCAGCACCUUUCACGCAAGUUCACCGAAUGGACCUAUGGUCCAAUCCACAUCUCCCUCUAUGAUCUGACCUCCAUCGACAGCUGCGAGGAGAACUCAGUGCUGGAGAUCCUGGCUUACAGCAGCGACACCCCAAACCGGUACAAAAUGGUGGACCUGGAGCCUCUGAACAAGCUACUUCAGCACAAGUGGGAGUCCUUCAUUGCAAAAAGAUUUUUCUUCAAUUUAUUCAUAUACCUGAGUUUCAUGAUGAUCUUCACAGCCACUGCUUGCUACCAGUCCCUAGAGGAAGAGCUUCCUCUUCCAGUGACACAGGCCGUCAAGAACCCAUUCAUACUCGUUGGGCAAGUAGUCAUCUUACUUGGCGGCAUUUAUCUCUUCAUUGCUCAGGGUUUUUACUUCUGGAGGAGACAUCUCUCUUGGAAAAGCUUUCUGGUGGACAGUUGCUUCGAAGUAUUCCUAUUGGUGCAGUCGCUCUUGAUCCUGAUCUCGUUCAUGAUGUAUUUUGCAAAGGUGGAAGAAUAUGUGCUGCUCAUGGUGUUUGCCUUGCUUUUGGGCUGGGUGAACAUGCUGUACUACACCCGAGGUGUUCAGCAGAUGGGAAUCUAUAUCGUGAUGAUCCAGAAGGCUAUCUUGAGGAACCUUCUGCACUUCCUGAUGGUCUAUGUGAUCUUCCUAUUUGGCUUUGCAACAGUUCUCAUCGUUCUGACGGGGGACGCUUCCCGCUCGGCCCACAACGGAUCUCUCCCUCUCAGCAACGACCCUAAAGGCCAGGCCAUGUAUGCACGGUUGCUUCAGAUUUCUCUCCAGCUCUUCAAGUUCACCAUUGGCAUGGGCGACCUGGAGUACCACGAGAACAAGAAGCACGGCUUCCUUGUGAUUCUCUUGCUCCUCCUCUUCGUCAUCUUGACCUACAUCCUCUUGCUCAACAUGCUGAUCGCCCUGAUGAGUGAAACGGUCAUCAACGUUUCUGGCUACAGCCAAGGCAUCUGGAAGUUGCAAAGAGCAAUUGCUAUCCUGGAGAUAGAGAGAAACAGGAUUUGGUGCUGGAAGAAAAGCCAGAGAGCAGGCUGUUUCCUCUCCGUCGGCUCUGAGGACAAGAGGUGGCUUUUUCGAGUAGAAGAGGUAAACUGGGAAGAUUGGAACGAAAAACUCAAUGCCCUCAGAGAAGACCCCAUGGUGUCCAGCGUUCUGGAGAAGGAGUCAUCUGAGUUGAAACUACAGGGAUGGUUGGCGCGGGCAAAGGCGCGCUUGGCUGCAUCCAAGGAGGAAGAGCAGGAGGGCGAGCGGGUGCCGCUGCAGACCGUAAACCGAAGGAGAAGCAGAAACGGCAGUGAGGGAGCGACGUCCGGCGUCUCGGCCACUACAGGCCCGACCCAGACUGGCGUCUGAUGAAAAGAGAGGGCGUGAUUUGGGGCCGUUCUGCAGGACGCACUUGCUUAAUGGGCGAAGAAUUGCACUGCCCUUCCACUAACGCAGGGCACGGUCGCCCGUUUUGCAGAAACCGAGAAAUGGAACCCAGCACCCUCACACAGCUUAACCCAGUCAGAUUUGUCAAUUUUUCUUCUUCAAUUAAUCCCACACUUCCCCUGUUUUUUCACACUUAUGUGCAGCUGAGCUCACCAAUUCCUGAUAGAGCAGUCUACACACCCCUUGCCGUAUCAGGAACACUCCUGUGCCUCUGGGAGGUUCACAAGCCGGACACCUGGCCCUGAACCCUCUCCCUGGCCACUAGAGUUCUAGGGUAGACUGCUGUUGAGCUUGGAGGUUCCGUUCAGGUGAUGUCUUCUGAGUGAUGCAGAGUUAAGGGCUUCCUAAUGUAUUAUUUCAAGCCUUCUUUGGCUCAAAAGUUCUCCCCAAGGGACAUGCCAAUCAUAGACCUGACACAGAGAGACAACUUUAAAAGGCAUGGCACUAGAGGAAGGGGAUGGGGAGGGAAGAGGGAAAAAGAAGAAACAGCCGGUGUUCAAGGAGGGACAGCCUUGCAUUGGUCAGCGGGAACCCUUCCUUCCCUCCGUUGUUUCCCAUCAGCAGCACUGCAGAUUGAGGAACCCUGGACCAGAUUUGGUCCCCAGUUACAAAAGAAAGAUGCUGGAAGGAGAUCUUUGUUGUGGGGGAGAGGAGAGAGGACAAUUUUGCAGCAGAGGCGGCGGAGCAGCUGGCAAGGAAGAGGCACGUGCCAGGUGCGAAUUCCAGCAAGGUCACAGCAGAAGAGCUGAAGGGGGAAGGGGACCCCGGCAGCCUCUCCCCUCCAGCAGGGAGGCUGACGGUCUGCAGCCAGCCAGCCAUUUUUAGAGCAUCUUCUUCCUUCUCCCCCCGCCCCCCCCAGAAAAACAGACUGAAGCCAACUAAUUUCAAGGGGGCCCAAAAUGUGGGUCUCAACUCAGGGCACAAAAGAGAAAAGAAACGUUUAUCAGACUCUUUAAGACGGGGUUUCUCAACCUUGGCG